AUGGAGGGCCUCCGGGCAGCGGUUGCAGCGCUGAACGUCCAAGAAGUCGAACGGCUGUUGAAGGAGCCUGCACAACGUGACUUGAUCCUGGCAGAUGAUGAAGACGGGCAAACUUUCCUUCACCAAUGUGCUGACCUUCUUGGUUCUGCUUCAGAUGUUUGUGGACGAGGCUCUGAGAUGGUCACAUUGCUUCUACGGAAGGGCGCCGAUCCGCGUAGCCUCAACAGCUUGGGGGAAUCUCCGUUGACCCUGGCAGCACGAGCCAUUGCAUGUGCUUUCACCUCCAACCCAGAGGAACGCGUGCCAUCAGAGCUGCGACUGUCAGCCGUCUCCUCGUUGUUGCAGGACCUGAACAUCUACUCCCACGAGGAGCAGUUGCUGUUGGCGGAGGCUCUCUUGCAGGACACCUCCCAUGAGCAUUUCGACACACAUUCGAAGCGUCCGGGCGCUGCCGCGGCCGGCUUGGUCUCCAGAGAUUUUAUGUCGUCGCUGUCUGCAGAGGUGGAUUCCUUGUUAUACAACUCCUUGCCCUUGAACGAUGUCUCCAGCAGCCGCCAGAGGCCCGACAGCAAAGCUGCAGUGGAGCCAUCUACGCCAGGUGCCGUGGCCUUUGCCGCUCCUUCACCCGGACGGAAAGAGCCGAAAGACCCGAAAGACUCGGACUGGUCCAUCCGGAGGCCGGAAACCCACGUCCUGGGCGGCACCUAUACCUUAUUUGGUCCACCUCCCCGACCCGCCAAACGGUCAGUGCCAUCCACAGGGCCGAAACUGGCCACCUAUGAGCGUAACGUGGAGUUUGUAAAGCAAAGAGAAGCUCGACUGGAGAGCGCUCGGAAAGAACGAGAUGACCAGGAGAAAGGCCAAUUGGUGUCUCCCGCCAUCACUGAUGGAUCCAGAAGGUUGGUGAGCAAUGGCUACUCUCCCCCAUGGGAUGGCAAGAAAAGCACGACCCACUCCUGUCGCGCGCAGAAGGUGCUGAAGGAUGCCUUGGAGUUGAAGGCGCAGGAGGAGGCGGAGCACACCUUCCAACCCGCCAUCAACCAACGCAGCAAGGCCAUCUUCAGGCAUGUCAUCAACACGGGACAACCGUGGCAUGAUCGCGUUCACGCGGGCGAUCGCCCGGGCAAACCUCCCGGAACCAAGGCUCUGACCCCGGAAGAGCAGCAGCACAGCUUUCAGCCGGAGAUCUCUAGAAAGGCUCAACAACUCCGUCGCGAAGGUCAUGUGUCGGAGCGCCUGUACCGCGGUGAAGCCAAGGGCGACUCGGAAGCGCCCAAAAAGACACGAGCGCUGCAGAAGAGGAUCUCCCGGAUGUUGGCGCGAGAGUGUCAAGCGGCCCCGGUGCCCGGUGCGCAAGGCGACGAGGUGAAGCCGGAGACAAACACGGACCAGGCGGAGGCGGCUGCGGCUGCGCCCAAGGUCUCCGGUAUCUCCAAGCUGGUGGAAGCUCUCAGCAAGAGAGCCGAAAAGGAAGGUAGCCGAGAUGGUGUCACCAGUGCCGAGGCGACCCCGGCUGAGAGCUGA